UAUUUUGAGAGAGCUCCUACAAAGAGAAAAUGGGCCUUCUAUCUUCGUCUCUUGAUUGUCAUCCUUCAACGUCUUGUUAUUGGUGUCAAUACCAAUGCCUAUCUUAAGACUGAUGAUCUUAUUGCUGUGAAUGUUUUGUUUAGUGAAAUCAUUCAAGUCUGGAAGUCUGCCGAAGAAUACAAACAAAAGAUGGCUGCAGAAAAGGAAGCGUUGUUCAGGACUCGUGCUAAAAAGUAUGAACCACCUACUGACGAAGAGUUAGAAGAACAAGAUCUGAAAAAGAUUUUUGCUGAUUUCAACGAAGAUUUUGCAGAUUUGACUAUCGAAGAGGAUGGCCAAACCAAGAGAGAUUCUAUUCCUACCGUAGUCGAGGAAUUGUCUGUAUUAGACGACACUGAUAUUCAUCGCAUUGGGCAUCUUCAUAGAGUUCUCUUUGAAACAUAUAGUCGUGACUCUUGUGUUCGCUCUACCAAGACUUGGGACCGUGAAGCUAUUCAGUCUUAUAAUGUUGCUAGUCAGCUUGCUUCUAUGGCCAAAAGUGCUUUCAGCAACUCUGUCGAUACUGUCUGUAAUGCUGGCCACCUUCGUGUUGCCUCAUUGGCUAUCAACCGUCUUGAAUCAGAGAAUUCCUUUGGUAUGACAAGCGACAACAUUUACGAUUUUUAUCAAAGUGAAAAUGUUGGUGAAGCUAAGCGAGUUGAGCCUAUUGUCAAUCGAUUCAAGGCUCGUGUCUUAAAACUUAUUGAGCAAUGGCCUGAGCAUGCUAUUCUCGAGCAAUUGGUUGUCAUUUGUGAUCGCAUCUUGACAUUCUCUGUCUUGUCUCCUGUUGCUAAAUUCUUGACUGGUAUUGAACUUUUGCUACAAAAAUCAGAAGACUGGGAAGCUUAUGCUGCCAAGCAUGUAUCUUUGAAAGAUCAACGAGAAGAGCUUAUUAAUCUGAUUAUCGGCUGGAGACAACUUGAACUCAACUGCUGGCCCAAAUUAUUGGCUGCUCAGGAACAAUAUCAUCAAGAUGCUGCUUUUGUUUGGUGGUUCCAUCUUUAUGAUGCAGUCAACAACACAUCAUUUGGGUCCAAUGAUGAAGAACAGAACGCAAAGAAUACUCGUGAUUUGCUUGGUGCUCUUGACCACUUUAUCCAAACUGCUUCUAUUAUUGAACUAGAACCUCGUCUCAAGAUGAUUGACACUUUCUACCGCCAAACCAAGGUUCAAGCCGAACUCUCUACAUUUGAAGGCGAGAAAUUAAACUACGAUAAGACAGCUACUAUCUUGCGCAACGUCUACAUGUAUUACUCUCAAUUCCAAGAACAUGCUAAUACUAUGUUGGCUCAAUUACGUAAACCUAUUGAGAAAGAAUUGAAGGACUUUGUCAAGAUUGCCACUUGGAAGGAUGUCAACAUUUAUGCUCUCCGUCAAAGUGCUUCCAAGACACAUAGACAGCUCCAUAAAUGUAUCAGAAAGUACCGUGAAGUCCUCAACAAUUCUAUGUUGACUAUUAUUGCUAAUUACAAUGAAGAGCAUGCUAUGUAUCAAUUUGGCGAUGAUAAGCGUUAUUCCAAAGAUAUCAACCGUGGUCUUGUGGAUCAGCUUUCCCAACCAAAUAUCUGGAUGUGUGAUACAAACUUGCCUGAUCCCAACAACGAGUUUGACUGGACUUCUGCUCCACCUGUCAGACAGCAUUUGAGUAAUCUUCAAACUACCUUGAACAGAAUGCGUGCUUAUUGUCGCAAGGAUGUCUAUAUUACUGACAAUGAAACUAAGGACCUCCCCCUAGAAAACUUUAUGACUGAAAUGAUUGAACAGAUCAAGCACUUCCAAAAAGAAACUCCUUCCGUCAUGACUGAAGAAAACAAGUCGCUUGUCAAAAACCAAAAACUUCUCAAAAAGAAAGCACUGGUUGACUUUUUGAAAGAACUUCGUCGUCUCGGUCUCAAGUCUCGUCUAGGUAAAAUGAAAGAACAAAACUCUGAUACUACCGUUCUCUUCCGGCAACAAGUUGCUGAAUGGGAUUCUACUAUCCAAAGUAGAGAUCUUCAAAAGGAAAAACUGUCUACUUUUUCUUGUGCUACAUUUGAUAUGAUUGAACAAUGGAAGAAGGCUAAUGACUAUUAUUUCCGCUGUAUUGCUAGAUUAACCCAUUUGAGAACAAUUAGUACAACCAACGUCAGUAAAGAUCUUUCUAUGCUUGAAGUAGAACGUGCCCUAAGUGCUACAGAGCAUAUGUUUGCCCUUACCAACAAAGAACGUUCUCUUUUGGCUCGUAUUGAGGAGCGUGUCCAAGUUCUUCAAGGUGUGUCUGUUCAGCUUUCGGCUCUUUAUGAUUCUGUAUCUCAAGGUCAUCAAAUUGUUAAUGAUGCACAAAUUGGCUGUCGAUUGACGAACCAUAAGGUGCAUGUCGAUAAACUUGCUCUUCUUAUGAACCAAGCUGUCAAUGUAAUUUCCUUGCAAGUCGGAUACAACAAUCAGCAAAUGUUUAAGGAUGUACAAAGCAUGUGUUGUGAAAUACAAAAGGUUCAAAAGACUGUGGAUUAUUGGUUUGUUCAACGUUAUCUUUAUCCUAAGGCUGCUACUGGUCUCGAAUUUUCACUUUUGUCUUCUGAUGUCAACCAAUUGAUUAAUUCUAACAUUGAAAAGAUCAAUGCUGCUCAUACUCUUUUGAUUAGUGUCAUGCAAACCUUUCCUCAAUCUAGCCAUGUUGUAUUCCCUAUCAUGCGCUAUAUCGAGAAGGUUUGUUUAUCUAUCUCAAGUUCUAGUCCCGUAGAAACCGAGAAAGGCACAAUCGUUGAACUUCGUGAAAAGAUUCAUGGUUUUAUUGACACAGCUCUUGUUUCUAUUCAAGAUUUGAAGAAGGCCAAUAUCAUUGAAAGCCCAAAGAUAGCCUCAGAAGAAGCUGGCGAUACCGAGGAAAUGGCCGAAGAUUUCAUUCGUCAACAAAACGGCAAGCAGUCCACACUUGCUAGUGCUCUUCAUCUUGAAGCUGCUUCUAAGCGUUGUGCAGAAUUAUUGACCAUUGCUCACAACUUGAUUUCUGACUCUAAGGAAGUUUCUGAAGUUCAAGAAAUAUCUCAUUUGUUGCAAGAAGUUUAUCCUUUCCUGCAACAAUAUAUGCUUAUUGUUCAACACACACUUGCUAAAAUGUUGAUUCAUCACAAGUCUAUGGCUAAGAUGACUUAUUGUCUUGUCAAUUCAUUCAGUAUCAUUAUUACCAAGGGUUUCUGUAUGCCUGCUGGUGCAGAUGAUGGUGAAGAAGGCGAAGCCGAUGGUAUGAUGAAUGGUACUGGUAUUGGUGAGGGUGAAGGUAGUAAAGAUGUUAGCAACGAAAUUGAAGACGAAGAGCAAGUUCUUGGUACUCAGAAUGAAGAACGCAACAAGGAUGAGAAGCAAGAUACUAAAGAGGAAAAAGAUGGUAUGGACAUGGAGAACGACUUUGACGGAAAUCUUGAAGACAUGGAACAAGAUGAGGAUAAAGAUGAUGAAUCCGGUAGUUCUGAUGAGGAAGACGAGCCUGAUGAGCAAAUCGGCGAUGUUGACGAUAUGGAUCCAGAUGCUGUUGAUGAUAAGAUGUGGGGUGACGAAGCUGAAGAAAACCUGAAAGAAAGUGACAAGACAGUAGACGAUCAAGGUCAACAGCAACAAGAGCAAGAGUCUGAGAUUGUUGCAAAAGAAGAAAACGACCAACAGCCAGAAUCGAAAGGCGAGAAGCCUGAAAAGGCAGAAAAGAAUGAUAAACAGCAAGAAGCUGAUGGUGAAGAGGGUGACGGUGAAGAAGAGAUGGACGAUCAAAAAGAAGGUGAUGAUCAACAGGAAGGUGAAGGCGAAGGGGAAGAUGAGGACGAUGCAGAAAAUAGACCUGGUGAACAACUCAACGCUGAAAUUCCUGAAGCCGAGACAUUAGAACUGCCUGAUGAUUUGAAUAUGGAUGGUGAUGACGAUAAUGAAGAAGAGGAAGGAGGAGGUGAAGACAUGAAUGAUCCUAUGGACAUGGAUGAACAGCCUUCGAACCAAGGUGAAGAACAACUUCCAGAAGAAGAUGAGUCAGUCGAAACAUUCCAAGAUCCUUUGAAUGAUGUCGAUCAAGACACAAAUCAAGAAGACGAAGAGAUGGCUGAUGCUUCUGCUCAAAGAGACACAGAAGUUGGUGAAGAUGAGGAAGAAGAAAAGGAAAAUCCUACUGGUGAAGAAGAGGAUCAAGAAGAAAAGGAACAAGUCGCACCUGAAGUGGGUGAUUCAGAGCAAAACAGAAAGAACGGACAGAUAGAAGAAGAUGAGCAGGAAGCUGAGGAAGAGAGCCAAGCUCAAAAUCGCGAACAACCCAACAGCGAUACUACUGCAGAUAAUCAAUUUGGUGUUCAAGGUGAAGCUGGAAAGCAAAGCAAGACUUCUACUGGUAAAAAAGAAGGUGAUGAUGACAAGGCAGACUCAAAUGAUGCUGAAGAUGAAAUACUUGACAAGAAGGAAAACAAGGGAAAGUCUGAGCGUGGUAUCAAUCAAGCCGAUCAAGACGAAGAAGAAGCUGGAAAGGAAGAUCAAGACGAUGAAGGAGAAGAGAAAGAUGCUAGUCAAUCUCAAUCAAAUCCCCAAAGAAGUCUUGGUGAUGCAUUAGAAAAAUGGAGAAGAAGACUCGCUGAUCUUAACGACAAUAAUGAAGAAGAGGAAAUUGAGAAUCAAGAAAAGACAGAUGAUGCUGACGCCCAAGAUGCUAAGGUGAACGAAGAUAACUCUUUUGAAUAUGUCAAGAACGAUGAAGAGGCACAUGAUAUGCAAACCAUGGGUAAUGCACAAGCUGACCAAGUCCAAGAUUUGAAGAUGGCUGGUAUAGAUGAAGAGAAAGAAGAUGGCAAAGAAACUUCUGGAGAAAUGGACGUUGAUCAAGCAACUGAAGAUGUUGACACUAUGCCACUGCCCCGUGAUACCUUGGAUAUUGCUGGCUCUACUGAUACAAAGGGCGCUAUUCUUAGCAAGAAGUUGCCUGAAAAUCAAAUGUUUGAUGACUCUGAAGUCUUGACCAUGGAUGAAUCUGUCGUUGCUCGUGAGCCCUUUGAACAAGAAGAUAUCAAUCGUAUGAGAGACGAGCUUGAAACUCAAGUAUCCGAAUGGAGAGAAGAAGGUCGUGACAUCAACAAGGCUCGCGAACUCUGGCAAGGCUAUGAAAAUCUAACGCAUGAUCUUGCUAUGGGACUGUGUGAACAGCUUCGUUUGAUUCUUGAGCCCACUUUGGCCACCAAACUUAAGGGUGAUUAUCGCACAGGCAAGCGUUUGAACAUGAAGAAGAUUAUCCCUUAUAUUGCAAGUCAGUUCAAGAAAGACAAGAUUUGGCUGCGUCGUACAAAGCCAAGCAAGCGUCAAUACCAAGUGAUGAUUUCUGUUGAUGAUUCCAAGUCUAUGUCUGAGUCUCACUCGGUGCAACUUGCUUAUGAAGCACUGUCGCUUAUUUCUAAAGCUCUUUCACAAUUGGAAGUGGGCGAUAUCUCAAUUACUUCAUUUGGUGAACGUGUACGUUUAUUGCAUCCUUUCGACCAACCUUUCACUGCUGAAUCUGGUGCCAAUGUCAUUCAACAAUUUACUUUUGCCCAACAAAAGACCUAUGUCAAGAGUUUGAUUGAAACAUCACUUGGGUUGUUCGAAAAUGCAAAGCAUUCUUCUGGUCCUGGCAACACUGAACUAUGGCAACUUCAAUUGAUUCUCUCUGAUGGUAUUUGCGAAGAUCAUGAAACUCUUCGUGCUCUUGUUCGUAGCGCCUUAGAUCGACAAAUCAUGAUGAUCUUUAUUGUUGUUGACAAUAAGCCCGAAAAAGACUCCAUUUUGAACAUGACCAACGUCAAAUACGUUAUCAAGGAUGGCAAAUACAGUAUUCAAAUGAACCCUUACCUUGAAACCUUCCCCUUCCAAUACUUCAUGGUAUUGAGGGAUAUUAAUUCUCUUCCUGAAGCGCUUUCUGAUGCUCUAAGACAAUACUUUAGCUUUGUUUCUGCAUAGUUGUAUAAAUAAAUAUUUUAUUCUAAUUAAUCUUUCUUCUUGGCUUAUAAA